AUGAAGCUGGAUGCAACAGAUCUGAGAUAUGUCACCUCGGAGGAGUUCCGAGUCCUCACCGCUGUCGAAAUGGGCUCGAAAAACCAUGAAAUUGUCCCCACACACUUGAUAGUCCAGAUAUCGGGGCUUCGAGGAGGAGGAGUAAACAAGCUCAUUGGUUCUCUGGCGAAGAGAAACCUUAUCUCCAAGGUUCAGAACGCAAAAUACGAAGGAUAUCGCCUUACAUAUGGAGGGUACGAUUACCUGGCUAUGCGCGCAUUGUCCAAGAGGGACAGCAUGACGUCUGUUGGGAAUCAAAUUGGCGUUGGAAAGGAAUCCGACAUCUAUGUCGUUGCCAAUGCUGAAGGCGACGAGAUGGUCCUAAAACUCCACAGACUAGGACGAAUUUCUUUCCGGAGUAUCAAAACAAAGCGAGACUAUAUGGGUAAACGAAAAUCUGCAUCCUGGAUGUACCUCUCGCGUCUCUCCGCGCAGAAAGAAUAUGCCUUCAUGAAAGUGCUUUAUGAACAUGGUUUCCCCAUACCAAAGCCCAUCGACCAAGCCAGACAUUGCGUACUGAUGGAAUUCAUAAAUGCCUACCCGUUGCGACAGAUAUCAGAAGUGCCGUCUCCAGGAAAGCUCUAUUCCACGUUGAUGGACCUCAUCGUCCGCUUUGCACAAGCAGGCCUUAUCCACGGCGAUUUCAACGAAUUCAACAUCCUCAUUCGGGAGGAAACAGGCGAACCCGUGGUCAUUGAUUUCCCUCAAAUGGUUAGCACGUCUCAUGAGAACGCAGAAUGGUAUUUCAACCGCGACGUAGAAUGCAUCCGCACAUUCUUCCGACGACGGUUCCGCUACGAAAGCAAUCUUUAUCCUCGUUUCAAAAGGACCAUGGCUGAAGGGUCUGCAGAUGGCAAUGAUUUCCGUUUAGAUGUCAUCGUGGAGGCCAGCGGAUUCAGCAAGAAUGACAUGAAGGUGUUGGAGGAGUACAUGGAGGCUGCGGAUCUGGAGGAAGAGGGAACAGGAGAUGAAGAGGAUGAGAGCGAGGAGAGCGAGGAGGAGGAAGAGGAGGAAGAGGAGGAAGAGGAGGAAGGAGAGGAAAGCGAGGAAGGCGGCCUUAGUAUGCCUGCGCAAAGGACAUACGAUGGUCCUUCAGAAGGGGAAUCACGGCAAAAGACCUCCGAGAGCACCCAGCAGGAAGAUGGAACGCCUGACAUUUCCGUCCUGAACAUAUCAAGGGAGUCUUCAAGGUCAGCUUCUCCAGAACCCGACACCGUCAAGGAUGAUAUCAAGGCGAGGGCAGCUGCCGAAGUCUCGAAGCGGCAGAAUCAACAAAGACGCAAGUAUCACUCCAAAAAGUCUGUUCGAAAUGCGGGCCGUCCACAGGGUAGCAAGGGGAAACAGGAUACACGAGUCAAACUGGAUAGUUUCUGGGCGUAA